AUGGAUUCUCAAACUGUUCUGGAUCAUGAAGGCGACCGCACGUUUAGAAAGUUGCAACCCUCACAGUGGGCUGAUCACUUCCUCUAUGUUCCGGUCGAUGAAUUGGAACUGGAUGUCAUUGCAAGUGAACUCGAAGCAAUCAAGCCCAAAGUUAAAGACAUUCUCAUUUCCCAUUCCCAAGCCAACGGCCAUGACUCCGCUAAGAGGAAAACUCUUUUGAUUUAUUUGAUGACCAGUCUUGGUGUUGCAUAUCAUUUUGAGAAUGAGAUCGAAGAGAUCUUGACACAUGCCUUUGAAAAGAUAGAUGAUAUGAUCGUGGAUGAACAUGACCUUUACACAAUCUCCAUCUCAUUUUGGGUUUUCAGAACGUAUGGACACAACAUGUCGUCAGAUGUGUUCAAAAGGUUCAAAGGGGAGGACGGAGAGUUCAUGGACUCAUUAACCAAGGAUGCUAAGGGCAUGUUGAGCUUAUACGAAGCCUCUCAUUUGAGGACGACAAAAGAUUGUAUACUAGACGAAGCACUGAGUUUCACAACGAGACAUCUGGAGUCGUUGGCAGGACGAGAAAGCCCUCAUCUCUCAAGGCUUAUACAUAAUGCUCUUGGUCUAUCUCAACACUGGAACAUGGAGAUAUUAGUCGCGCUGGAAUAUAUAUCAUUCUACAAACACGAAGAAGACCAUGAUGAGACAAUACUCAAGUUUGCCAAGCUCAAUUUCAAGUUUUUACAACUUAUAUACAUUAAGGAGCUCAAAAUGGUUACAAAAUGGUAUAAGGAGCUGGAGUUUGCAUCUAAGUUGCCACCUUACUUCAGAGAUAGAAUUGUGGAGUUACAUUUUUUUGUGAUAUCGAUGUACUUUGAGCCACAGUUCUCACGUGCUAGGAUUAUGUUGACAAAGUUCUACACAGCCGAAACCAUCAUCGACGACACAUUCGAUAGAUAUGCCUCCAUUCAUGAAGCUGAAAUCCUCGCAAAUAGCCUAGCAAGGUGGGCUCCUGAUAAAGAUAUGGAUAGACAACCAACUUAUUUGAAAUUCGUGUUUGAGUUUAUAUUGGAUGUAUUCAAAGAAUUUGAAAGCGAAGUGGGAUCUGAAGGAAGAUCUUACAGCUUGAAAGGCACUCUAGACGAGUUCAAAAGACUAGUGAAAUCCAACCUUGAUCUUGCCAAAUGGGCGCAUGACGCUCAUGUGCCUAGCUUUGAGGAUUACAUGGAGGUUGGUGAGGUCGAGAUCACGAUGUAUGCGACUAUGGCAGGGACUUUGAUGGGUAUGGGACAUAUAGCUACGGAGAAAGCUUAUGAGUGGCUCAAAUCUAGACCAAAACUCAUCCAAUCAUUAUCUAUAAACGGGCGUCUGAUGAAUGACAUGGCCGGUUUCGAGGAUGACAUGAGUAGAGGAUACGUAACUACUGGGAUCAACUGCUACAUGAAGCAAUAUGGAGUUACUAAAAACGAAGCUUUUAGGGCACUUCACGAGAUGCGUGUGGACAACGACAAAAUAGUGAAUGAAGAGCUGUUGAUGACAAAAAAUGUGCCAAGACGAGUUCUCAAGGAAGCCAUCAAUUGUGCACGCAUGACCAACGUUGCCUACGGCUACGGUGAAGGACUAACUCAUCCCGAAGGCAAAAUUAAAGAAUAUAUUGUUUCUCUUUACAAUAUUGAUCAGAUUCCUCUUUAAAGCCUUUUGAUUUGUUAUAUUCUUACAAUUCUGAAUCUUGGU